AGCACAAACACCCGGGGCACCGGGAGCACCGGAGUGCCGGGAACACCGCGGGUACCGGCGGUACCGGGGGUCCCGCGUCAUGAUCUGCGGCAGGAGAGCGCGUCCCGAGCAGCUCCGCGCACCGGCAGACGGUGCCGGGGGCUCCCGCCGGCCCGGGAGGGCUCUGAAGAAAAUGGGGCUGACGGAGGACGAGGACAUCCAGAGGAUGCUCCGGGGGUCCCUGCUCUGGAAGGUCAAGGCCAAGGGGGGCUCCAGGGAGCGGCUGUUCCGCCUGCAGGAGGACGGCGUCACCGUCUGCUUCGAGGGACGCUUCGGGCGCGCCCGCUCCCCCCAGAGCUUCUCGGUGGCGCACAUCGAGCGGGUGCGCGAGGGUCGCCGGUCCGAGGGGCUGCGCAAGCACGGGGCCGCCUUCCCCGAGCGCCACUGCUUCACGCUCGCCUUCAAGGGCCGCCGCAAGAACCUCGACCUGGCCGCCCGAGGAGAGGAGGACGCCCGGCACUGGGUGCAGGGGCUCACCAAGCUGAUGGGGCGGCUGCAGGCCAUGAGCCAGAUGGAGAAGCUCGACCAUUGGAUCCACGGGGUCCUGCAGAGAGCAGACAGGAACAAGGACAACAAGAUGUCCUUCCGGGAGGUGAAGAGCAUGCUGAGGAUGCUCAACAUCGACAUGGACGAUGGCUACGCCUCCAAGCUCUUCAAGGAGUGUGACCGCUCGGGCAACGAGCGGCUGGAGGGCCGGGAGCUGGAGGAGUUCUGCCGGCGGCUGCUGCGGCGGCCCGAGCUGGAGGAGCUUUUCGGGCGCUACUCGGGCGAGGACCGGGUGCUGUCGGCCGAGGAGCUGCAGGAUUUCCUGAGGGAUCAGGGCGAGGACUCCAGCCUGCGCCAGGCCCGCACCAUCAUCCGCACCUACGAGCUCAACGAGAAGGCCAAGCGGCAGGACCUGAUGAUGCUGGACGGCUUCAUGAUGUACCUGCUGUCGGCUGCCGGUGACAUCCUCAACCAGGAGCACACCAAGGUGCACCAGGACAUGAGCCAGCCCCUGAGCCACUACUUCAUCUCCUCCUCCCACAACACCUACCUGACCCGCAACCAGAUCGGCGGCACCAGCAGCACCGAAGCCUAUGUCAGGGCGCUGAGGGCAGGGUGCCGCUGUGUGGAGCUGGACUGCUGGGAGGGCUCGGACGGGGAACCUGUCGUCUACCACGGCCAUACCCUCACCUCCAAAAUCCUCUUCCGCGACGUCAUCGAGAGCAUCCGCGACUCCGCCUUCGAGAAAUCCCCCUACCCCGUCAUCCUGUCCCUGGAGAACCACUGCGGGCUGGAGCAGCAGGCCACCAUGGCCCGGCACAUGAAGGCCAUCCUGGGGGACAGGCUGCUGACACAGCCCCUGCAGGGGCAGGACCCCCACCACCUCCCCUCACCGGAGCAGCUGAAAGAAAAGAUCCUGGUGAAGGGCAAGAAGCUGCCAGAGCUGUGGCAGGAGCCCCAGGGCAUCACCUCCCUUCUGGACCCUGAGGAGGAGGAAGAGGAAGAGGAGGAAGAAGAGGAGGAGAAGGUGCAGGAGAGAAGCCCCCGGCGGUCGCUGCAGUCGCUGCAGGAGAUCAAACCUCUGCAGGCCAAGGACGCGUCACAGGUGUCCCCGGAGCUGUCGGCCUUGGUGGUGUACUGCCAGGCUGUCCCCUUCCCCGGGCUGGCACAGGCCCUGCGCCACCCCCAGCCCUGCCACAUGUCCUCCUUCAGCGAGAGGAAGGCACGGAAGCUCAUCAAGGAGGCAGGCCCGGCGCUGGUGCGGUACAACGCCCGCCAGCUCAGCCGCGUGUACCCGCUGGGGCUCAAGAUGAACUCCGCCAACUACAACCCCCAGGAGAUGUGGAACGCUGGCUGCCAGCUGGUCGCCCUCAACUUCCAGACGCCGGGGUACGAGAUGGAUCUGAACGCCGGGCGCUUCCUGCCCAACGGGCGCUGCGGUUACGUCCUGAAGCCCCUCUGCCUGCGCAGCCCCCCCAGGGAGGGCUCCCGGCGCCUGGCGCUGCACAUCAGGGUGAUCACAGCACAGCAGCUGCCCAAGCUCAACAGGGACAAGGGCAGCUCCAUCGUGGAUCCCUUCGUGCGCGUGGAGAUCCACGGGGUCCCGGCCGACUGCGCCAAGCAACAAACCCACCACAAGCUCAACAACGGUUUCAACCCGCGCUGGGAGGAGACGCUGCGGUUCCAGGUGCGGGUGCCCGAGCUGGCCCUGGUGCGCUUCGUGGUGGAGGACUACGACAGCACCUCCUGCAACGACUUCGUGGGGCAGUUCACGCUGCCCCUGCCCAGCAUGCGCCAAGGGUACCGCCACAUCCACCUGCUCUCCAAGGACGGGGCAGCCCUGUCCCCCGCCACGCUCUUCGUGCACGUUCGAUGCAAGAGCCUGUGAGGCGCCCACAGGAGGACAUCCCUGUGUCCCCGGGGUGCCCAUGGGAGGGACAUCGUGGCUCCGUGUGGGGGACAACAGGCUCCUCCCUGGGUGGGGACAGUCCGGGGACACCGCUCCCCUGUCUGUGCUGACAGAGGGGUGGGGGCUGCCCUCCCUGCUCCCCAGUGCCACCCCAUCCGCUGGUGCCCUGCUCCUCCCCUCCUUGAGGGACAGAGGUGCGGUGACAACCGGGAUGGGGUGAUUGGGCCACUGACAGCCCAGCACAGCCGCACAGGGGUGACACGGGGGACAGCAAUCGCCGAAUUCUCACCGGUCCUGGCCACGCUUGAUCCCAGCCCCUCUCUUGGGGUGCAAGGAUGAUGCCAUCACCCCGGAGUCCCUGAGGGGACCCUGCCACCACACACUCCACUGGGGACACAUUCCCAACCUCUGCUCUGGCACCAGUGACAGUCACAGAUGCACACCCCGGGAUCAAGCCAGUCGAAUAAAAGUUUUAUUU